AAUCACGCUUUUCGGCUGAUAUUUUGUAAUAAAGCUUUUAUUCAGAUAUUACUUUAUUCAAAUAUAAACAUAUUGUACUAGUUUGGAUAAUUAAUGAAGCCAUUUUCCAAAAGUAAAUGAAGUGCAACCUAAGACACACAGCGCGCGCGCACGCUGCCCUGUUUGACCUCAGUGCGCGGAUCAGUGAACCUGACGCAUGCGCACAACUCACAGUCACCUGUCGCACUUAAACACGGUCGCUUUUUCUGCAUCAAUGGGAAAUCGCGCUAUAUUCUUCAUAAACAACCCGCGUCACUGCGUGUCAAAUGCCAAAAGAAUCCGUCAGAACCCACGGACAUGUCCGAAAGUUCCUCUGGAGUGAACACCAGCAGUGAAAGUUUCCCGAAAUCUCAGUCUCACUUCUCAGAGUUAAGUGAUUCACACAGCCCUCUCUCUGUGGAACUGACUCCAGAUUCUGGCAUUGUUGCCACACCCCUGCCAUCCAGUCGGUUCAGGUUCGCCUCGUGGCAUUGGUUAGAGGAGCACGAUGUCCGUGGAGACCAGCUCGCCUGUCCCAGAGUCAGAGAGGGUAAGAGGUCAUUUGUGACCCUGGACCACAGAACCAGUCAUAAGUUACCAGGCCCAGCUGAAGAGGAGCUGUCGGUUAACAGCGAAGACAUAUUUCUCAGAGCCGGCAGGAGGAAGAGGAGAGAGGAGGGAGGACAGAAAUGGGAGGAAAGACUUCAGGAGAACUGGGAGAAUUGUGUGGAACUCAAUUUGUCCUAUCAGGACCUGGGAGAUCCAUACCAGCUGGAGAACUUCACCCGUAUCCUGAAGAGAUUAAUCCGAGUGGAACGUCUUCAACUGGUUAACAACUCUCUGAAAGAUAUCAGUUCUGUUAGACUGCCAAGAUGUAAAAUCCUAAAUCUUCAUCAGAAUGGUUUGAUGUCGAUUCGUCAGCUGCCAAAGGUUCCUGAGAUUCAACACUUGUGCCUGUCUGAAAACAGUAUUUCAUCAGUGAAUGAGUUGUGUUUACUGAGGAAUACACCGCUGCAGUCUCUCACUCUCAAACACAACCCCUGCCAGUUUCUACAGCACUACCGCUCACGUGUGUUCGCCUGUUUGCCAAACCUCAAGGUUCUGGAUGGCAUCCCAAAGCUGCCGGAAGACUGCGUGCCUCCCCCGUCACCAGAAGCAUCCAGAUUUUGUAUUAUUUUCUGAGACCGAACGGCACAGACAGGAACACAAUGAAACUCUGAAACUCAGACCUUAAAGGCAGAACCUAAAGCCAAGAUUCAAUCCAAUGUACUGUACUGUCAGACUGUAUUUAUAAAAUGUACAUUUACGUGACUUAUUAAAGCUAUUUUUGUACCUCUAGUUUACAUUUGA